UGCAAGCGCAUUUCGCAUACGCCGUCGGAGCAGAAGGAUUGCUCCUUCCGCUCGAGCUGAAGAGCUGGAAUCUGAGGUACCAAAGGGUCCGAAUCAGGUACGUUAUAUAAUUUCGGUUUUACUUUCUUAUUUUUAUGCUCAGUGUAUUUUAUGUAUAUCUGUGGCCUAAAUAAACUCAUCUUUACUCUUUUUCUUCAUCAAGUAACCUUUUUCAAGUAACAUUUGUUAGUAAAAACAACUAAAUAAUGAAAGUCUGUUGAAAGCAAACGUUUGAACAAAAUACUAUAAUUCUGCAGAAAGAAUAAUGUCCGAUAACAAUUUUGAAGACAUAUUUUAUUUUCCAUCUAAAGUUUUUCCACAUGUUUAUAUUAUAUAGACAAAUAACUCGAAUAAGAGCAGUGCAGGGAGUCCUGCCAGUGAGCGGACCCCCACACCAGAGCGGGCCGAAUCGACUUCCUCUGUGGAAGAGGAGAAUAGUCUGGAGAAGACUAAAGCAAGACUGAGAGAGGCACAAGAAAGAUAUGAGACAAAGCAGGAUGAAGAAAGGGUGGAAGAGAUACCCAAGGAGGUCUCAAGAUGGCAGGCAUUCCUUGCCGUUUUCUGUUGCUGCUUUCUGCAGCCAGACCCUGGCGUCUAUCCCACCCCAGCCAAUCCUGGGCCGGAACCAAGACCUGUAAACCUGUUCGACAAAUGUUGUCCUCCGGAUGACUGCCCAAUGGAUGGGAAAGUUAGAGGGGAGUUAGUGGACAGAGUUCUCGUCCAAAGAAAGGUAGAGAAACAAAAGGAGAAACAGCGAAAGAAAGAAGAAAAGGAAAUGGAGAAGGAAAGGAAGAAAGAGGAGAAAGAAAGAAAGGAAGAGGAGAAGAAAAAGGCCAAGAUGGAGAAAAAGGGGAAGACCUAUGUCCCGAAGCCAAAGAAGGAGAAGAAAGAGAAAAAGAGGAAGCCGGUUAAGAUCUUGGACAUCAACACCAAGUUCCCCGAGCCAGACGGAGAGACCGCCGAACCCUCAGAUCUGCUGCCAGUCGCUGAGCUCAACCCUUCUUUAAGUUCGGAGUCCGUGCUCUCCAAAGGUGCCAUCGCCGCUGCUCUGUCAGGAAGUGGACUUGGGGCUACAGCCAGCACCGAGGUUAACUACGGGGACGUUGAAGUCUGGGACGACUGGAACGAGCAGAAACUGCAAGAGUUAAUAAUGGAAGAUCUGGUGCUGCAACAAGUAUUGGCCAGCGGCGGGAAAGGCAAAGGGAAGGGCAAGAGCAGCAAGAGAAAGGCCGAGGAGGAGUAA